AUUGUCAAAGCCAACAACCGAGACCUCUCUUACAUCCUCCUCGUCUCCCUCCUGCUUUGCUUCUUGUCUCUUUUUCUCUUCAUCGGUCAACCAAGGAAAGCCACUUGCCUUCUCCGACAGAUGGCUUUCAGCAUCAUCUUUUCAGUUACCAUUUCUUCUCUUUUGGCCAAAACAAUCACGGUGGUGCUCUCUUUCCUUGCUACAAAACCAGGCAACCGGUUAAAGAGAUGGUUGGGGAAAAGCUUGGCCAACUCCACCAUCCUUUCUUGUUCUGUGGUCCAAAUUAUCAUCUGUUCCAUCUGGCUGGGAGUUUUUCCCCCAUUCAUUGACUCUGAUCUCCACUCCCAGCCUGGAGAGAUCAUCCUGCAAUGCAAUGAAGGCUCUGUUGUCAUGUUCUACAUCACCCUCAGCUACAUGGGCUUCCUGGCUGCCAUCUGCUUCACGGUGGCUUUCCUGGCCAGGAAUCUCCCUGGGGCCUUCAACGAAGCCAAGCUGAUCACCUUCAGCAUGUUG